AUGCGGUGCCCAUCUUGCCACGAUCCUGGCACUCUCGUCUGCCUCGGGUGCAAGAAUUCGAGAUACUGCUCAGCUGUCUGCCAGCAAGCUGACUGGCAGAUUCAUCGUCACCUGUGCAAGUCCUUCCAGUCCUUCCAGGAGCGGCCAUCGCCGGAGAUGCGACGUGUCGUCUUCUUCUCAGACCGUGCUGGAGCGAAGCCUGAGUUCAGGUGGCUUGCCGUGAAAGACAUUGGCGAGCCAGGAGAGCCUUCGGAAUGGCCUGACUGGAAGUCAAUAUUGGGCGGCAAUCUGACGCCCUCGAUGUUUGCGUUCAACGAGAACAGAAUCAUUCACGCCAAGCUCGACACAUCCAUCACAAUGAUGUACGACGACAAUUUCAUGUACGAUUACGACGAUCAAAAUCCUGCUGUCAUCGCGGCAACAAAUCGAAAGACCAUGAGGGCUUGGCGAGGUCCCAUUUUUGCGUUCAGUACAAAGAUGAACGAGGAUUUCUCAGACAUCGCUGGAAUUGGGGACAUGGACCUCCAUCAGUACACCGAUCUUGUGGCCUGGCUCAUCUAUCACGGAAACACCAGCACCGCGCACGAGCUUCGUACGGGAACCAAAGUCCAAGGCGCAAUGAUGCACUGCAGUAGCGAGCAGUCGGAGGCAAAGAUCGAGACCAUCAUGGUGCCGAGAAUGCAUCCGAUCUUCGAAGUCGAACAUGGUGCGGAAGUGUGCGGCAUCUCAGAGAAUAUCGGAAUGCCACUCCUGCUCCGCAAAGAUAGGAAGACUCCGAAGUUCAUCGGAGAACUUCAUCGUCCUGCAGAUCCCAGCCACAGCAAUUCGACGCUGACCGCCAUGAUGACAUCCUGCGAUCCCGACGGACCCCACCAAAUGAACUUCGGACUGACACCACGGCACUGGCAAGGAGGGCAGGUGCCUGACACUCUCAUCGUCCGUCAAGAUCGUGAGGACCUCGAUCCGCAUGUUCUUCAGGCUUUUGGCGAUUACUGCGAGGUUGUCCUGCAGCCGGGAUUCAAGCGUACUGCGUGGCCGUGGAAGGAAGCGUUCGCGUCAUUGGCGGCGGAAGUGCUGGAGAACAUGGAGUCGGAGAAGUGGAGUUCAUACCUCGCUACGUGGAAGUCUUUGCGAGAGGAGGUGAGACCAGAUCCAAUGCAAGUCGACCCGCAAGCGGCAGCCCCAGAAGGCAGAUCCCUGAGGAGCCAGUCAAAGAGGAAGAGUGUUCACUUCACGGACAAUGAUGUGUACGCCGGAGAGAUGGAGCCGGCGGGAGUCGAUGGAAAGAAGCAGAGAGUCGUAUAUCAGAGGCCAACGGGCUAUGAUGAGGAUGAUGAAGAGCCAGAUGUGAAGCCGAAAGUGGAGCCGUUCGAUGCGGAAAUGGAUGGGACGAUGAAGGUGGAGGACGUCGAUGAAGGUUCGGAUGCGAAUAUGAAGAUGGAGCCCAGUGAGGACAACGAUGAGAUGGAUACCACCUGA